AUGAUUGACGUCUGGCAUAGGGUCAGAGAAGUUUACCAGGAAGUUGAACAAAACCCGCCUCAGGUAACAACUUACAGUCUUAAAAAAGUGUGUUGACAGUACACUCGUCCUCAAGCGGAAAAGAAGUAAAAGGACAUGUUCGAUAUAUUAAAAUCGGAAUUCUGUUGCGCCAUGAAACUGCACCAAGAAAAUCGAACUGAUUUCGCGCGCUUAAGGCACUGAUUAUGCGCGUGCGCUUAGCUAACUUAUGGGUUCCCUGUGCAAUGACGUAGAAAGGGAUUUGCAAAGAGUAAUGCUAAUUUAGUAUGACAUCAUCCAUGAAAGCUGUGUUUUCAUUCGCAGGAUGAUCUAUGUGAAUGUUUAUUGGACACCACUUCUAAUGGUAUCUACCAGGCGGUACACUGGGUAGCUGAACACUAUAAAUCAGGAACUCCUAUUACACUUCUCAACCGACCCAUUCCCAAGCUGAAGAACGCAAAAUCCUGGAAAGUCUGGAAGAAACGUUUGCUGUACUACUAA